CACACGGCUGAUUUGCGAAACGAUGUCGAUAUCCGGACCUUCACACAUGCCUACGGGCUCCUUCGGGCAUAGCCGACGACCUCCGCGUGGACAUAUGCGAUCUGGCAACUGGCCGCAAUUGCCUUCUUCGGCGAUGGCCCCGACUAUUGAGAAUGAAGAGCAGGAGUCAUCUGAACCUGUCGAACACGUUGCCAAUGGCCAUGAUCAUCACCAUCACGACACAGAGCAUUCAUAUUCGCAUGGUCGUACUCCUAGCCUGAUCUCGAAUCAUAACCAUUCCCAUUCCCACAACCACAGUUGUGGUCAUGGGCUUUCAUACUCAGUGACCGGCGCCAAUGUAGAGGACUCAGAGGAAUCUCAAAUGUCAGGAACAAAAAGUUCCGAUGCUUACACAACGCCAUCUCAAGGAUCCGACAACACACCCAUAAGCUAUGAGAUUACAACCGGUAUUCUAACUGGUAUUCCUUGGUCGCUUUUAUCGUGGUAUAUGAGACAGUACACAGCGCCGACUUCCCAUAAAGUCUGGCGAAUGCUAAAGACCGCAGCAGCAAAGCAAAAGUUCCUCAAGACCUAUUCUCCAGAGACUGCAGUUGAUACAGUAUGGUGGAGAGCCUUGGUUUUGGUCUCUGUCAUCAUGCUUACGACUGCUGGUAUUGCAUUGUUCCGGCGACAACGCGCUAGUCAAAGUCUUCAGAACGCGCCCGGUUUACAGCUCAGCGCUAGUUCUGCACAAAAGGCUUUCUUACGCACCCUAUCUCUAUUACUGCCAAUAUACGCCGGCAUGGUUAUCGGUGGCACUAUGGUGGCGCUCGCAUUGAGUUUGACCUAUGCAGCAGGCAUUCCCACUGUGUUUCAAAUCGAAUGGAAAAGUGGCAAGCUGCGCGAGAGGCUGGGGAAUAAGAAGGCGUCCUUAUUUGUUUUAUCUUUAUUUCUUGUUUUGAAUGUUCUUGGUUAUGACUUUCCCAUUGAUACCCAACCGUUUCGUGGAUAUAUUGCACUAAUUGUCUCGAUUUUCGUUCUUCGUCCCCCUUUUGCGACACCAAGAGACUCCAUUCCGGCAGUACAGAAAAUUGACGCCAAUUCAGUCUCGCAACUUGUUGAUGGUUUUAUGGUUCUUGUUAGUCAACAAGCGUCUGCCCUAUCAAAUGGACCAUUGAUAUCAUCUUCUGAAGACAUCCACCUAACUUUAGCCUCUGGCGGAGUGGUUGGCUUGUUUUGUAUGUUGGUGUCUCCGUUUCGUGCUGCCAAAAUACCGUUUGGCAUAUCAGAUUUAAUCAACACGCUCUUCAUCGCCCUCGCCUUUGCGAUUUCCAUGAUAUUUUCUUCCCCGGCUGGACUCCGAUCGCGGCGAAAGAUAGGUUUUGUCACAACGGCAUUGGUUGUCGUCUUUACAAGUGCGGUACCUCAUGAAGAGAGCAGUCGUAUUGCACAUUUCUCGUGGUCGAUUCUUGCUGCUCUGUGUUAUUUCGCAGCCGUUUUCGAUGAUCCGAAACCUGGCGAAAUAACACCGGCCAAAAGUGAGUUAUCAACUGUGACGAAAUUUCUUCUGAAGCAGGGGGAGUCGUGGCCAAUUCUACACAGCAUUCUAUCAAAGGAAGACUCUCGAAAAAUCUUCUACUUCAUGUGUCUAAACUUUGGUUUUAUGCUUAUUCAAUUGACCUACGGAUUCGUCACUGGAUCACUCGGUCUUCUCAGUGACAGUAUUCACAUGUUCUUCGACUGCCUCGCCCUCGUGGUUGGGUUAUCGGCUUCGGUAAUGAGUCGAUGGCAUCCGAGCGUCCGCUUCCCAUAUGGCUAUGGCAAAGUCGACACUCUGUCCGGGUUCGCCAAUGGAGUGUUUCUCAUGAUCAUCAGUGUGGAGAUCAUAUACGAGGCAGUAGAGCGACUAACCUCAGGAAGUGAAAUGCGAAGAAUUGAGGAACUGCUUGUUGUCAGUAUUGCUGGUCUUGCUGUCAAUCUUGUGGGUAUUAUGGCUUUUGACCAUGGCCACGCGCACGGCCACGAUCAUGGUCAUGGUCAUGGUCACGACCAUUCCCAUGGAAAUGAGAAUAUGCACGGAAUCUUCUUACAUAUUAUGGCUGAUACACUCGGUUCUGUCGCGGUGGUCAUUUCUACUAUUUUAGUACACUUUUACGGCUGGUCUGGUUUCGAUCCUCUUGCAUCUUGCUUUAUCGCAAUACUUAUCUUUGCGUCGGCUGUUCCUCUUGUGUCGAGCACAGCGUCGUCAUUGCUGCUUGCUAUGCCAGCCGAUGUGGAGUAUAACCUGAGAGAUACACUCGCAGGAGUGAGUACGCUAAGAGGCGUGGUAGGGUAUACGGUCCCUAAGUUUUGGUUGGAUGAUACCUCUGCGUCGUCUGGACACGACCACGACCAUGGACAUGAUCACGGACACGGACAUAGUCAUGAUCAUAGUCACAGUCAUGGUCACUCACAUAAUCAUAAUCAGCACGACCACCACGAUCAUGACCACACCCACGAGCAUGAUCAUGACCACACCCACGAGCAUGAUCAUGACCACGAUCAUAGCCAUCACCACAAACAUUCCUCCGAACCCAAAAUUCUAGGCAUGAUCCACAUAAUCGCAUCCCGCAACGCUGACCUCGAAGACGUUCGGAGACGAACCGUCGAGUUUCUAAGCGAGAAGAACAUGGAUAUAGUCGUUCAGGUCGAAAGAGAAGGUGAAGGGAAAUGUUGGUGUGUUAGCAAUGGGAGUACGAUAGGAAGUCGGUCGUCUUAUAUUAAAUAA